GCACUUGUAUGCAGAUAGAGAGCUUUAAUUUGACUAUAAGCCAUGACCCAAAAUCACCCAAAGUGUGGCAGUGGAUUGAUGCAAUGUGAGGCUGCUUGAUGAGGUGGAGGCUAAAAAAGUCAGUUUUUAACUCCUGAGCUUUUGAUUUAACCGGUGGAAGGAACAGCCAUGAGGAAGCCCGUCUCUAUAAUCUGCCUGAUACUGUUUGCUGUCGCGGUGUUGGGCACUGGGGCCAAAAACUGUGUAUGCAAUGGAAAAUCAAGAUGCCACUGUGAAGGACUGAAGGGAAGCAAGGGAGAGCGAGGUUUACCAGGAGAGAAAGGUCUCCAAGGGCCAUAUGGGCGUCCAGGACCAGAUGGUCAUGCUGGACAAAUGGGACAAAAGGGUAACAUUGGACCUGAAGGAUUCUUUGGGCCAAAAGGCGGUCAGGGGCCAAAAGGCAAAGACGGAUUUGCUGGGUCUCAUGGUUUACCGGGUAUCCCGGGUUUACAAGGGCCUCCAGGAGCCCAAGGGGCCUCAGGCUGCAAUGGAACAGAUGGAGACGAUGGAUUUCCUGGUAUUCAUGGGGCCCAUGGCAUUGAUGGACAUCCAGGUGAAUCCAGGUUGUCAGUGAACGCAUCACCAGGGCCACCUGGGCCGCCUGGGAGGGAUGGAGAGCCGGGAGAUCAGGGUGUCCGUGGAGAGUAUGGACCACCAGGGAACCCUGGACCACAGGGCUCUGCUGGGUCUCUUGGACGUCAAGGGCAACCUGGAUUUAAGGGUCAAGAAGGAUCAGGUGGUGUAACGGGACCUCGUGGUCUAAAGGGUAGACAAGGACCAGUAGGUCCACCGGGGCCUCCAGGUCGGAUCAAAGAUUAUCACACUGGGAGUUCAUCGUUAAAGGGUGAUAAAGGACACCAAGGGGAUUUAGGAGAAAAGGGUUGCAAGGGUGAUCCAGGAGACCCUGGUGAUGGUUUCUCCUCUAAAGGAACAAAGGGAGACAAAGGACUGGAGGGCCCAGAAGGAAAGUCAGGGAAGGCUGGUGACCCUGGACAACCUGGAAAUAGGGGCAGAUCUGGCCGCAGAGGUGAUCUGGGAUAUUCAGGGACACCAGGAGGGAUGGGUGAAAAGGGAAAUACAGGUCUCCCUGGUCCACCUGGAGAUCAGAUACUUGGGCCUGUGAUGGAAGCACUUAAAGGGUACCCCGGAGAUCCUGGCCCCCCAGGCCAACAUGGACUCCCUGGGCAGCAAGGUGUUGUUGGGUUUCCUGGACCUGAUGGACCUCCAGGCCAGGCAACUGGGAGCUAUGUGCCAGGACCACAGGGUCCCCAUGGCUUUCCAGGCCCAAAAGGAGACCCUGGGGAGCCAGGGGCUAUUUAUUCAGGACUUCCAGGUCUGGAUGGAGAUCCAGGUGACCAAGGGCGUCCUGGGGAUGUGGGCCCACCUGGACUACCUGAAGACAAAACUAACAGGGUCAUCAAGGGUCUCCCAGGCCUGAAGGGAGUGAGGGGUGAGCCUGGACCACAUGGAUAUGAUGGGAGAUUUGGAAUGAAAGGGGGGAAGGGGGAGCCUUGUUUUGAGUGUUUCACAUCAGGACCACCUGGACCACCGGGUCCCCGCGGUCCACCGGGUGGCCCAGGCAUUAAUCCAGGACCAGGGGCUAAAGGAGAUCCAGGCAUCCCAGGACCUAGAGGCUCUCCUGGAAUACCAGGCCCUAGUGGUGGAAUUGGAUUUCCAGGUUCUCCUGGACAAAAAGGAGAUUCAUCUUCCUACGACACCCCUGGGAUUAAGGGAAACACAGGAGACCCAGGACAGCCUGGCAGGCCUGGUUCGGAUGGCCUCCCUGGGUUUCCUGGCCUAUCUGGUCGCAAAGGUGAUCAAGGACCUCCGGGGGAUUCGUAUCCUUUCCAUGGGGCAGAGGGAGACCGUGGUUUCCCUGGUUCACCAGGGCCUUUGGGCAGACCAGGACCAGUUGGUAACCCUGGGCCAGUAGGGUUUGGGCCUGCUGGAUAUCCAGGAAGUAAGGGAGAUGUUGGGCUACCCGGCCUGCCAGGACAGUCUGGAAUUCCAGGCCAGAAAGGGGAGCCAAGCCACAUCCACAUCAUAGGACGUCCUGGACCUCCUGGAUUUAAAGGUCUACCUGGCAUACCUGGGAGCCCAGGUAAUGAUGGAGUGCCAGGUAUCCUAGGAAAUCCAGGUUUUCCAGGACAGAAAGGAGACACAGGUGAUGUUUCAUUUCCAGGAGGGCAAGGGGAAACAGGACUUAAAGGUGACAAGGGGCGGCCAGGUCCAUUAGGCCUUCAAGAUCGGGGCUUCCCUGGUCAGCCAGGUCCACAAGGUCCUCCUGGUUCUCCAGGACCGAAGGGUGAUGGUGGCCCUGGAUACCUUGGUCCUCCUGGAGCCCAAGGGCCUCCAGGAGUAGACGGGGAUCAGGGGCCUGUGGGAGAUCCUGGCCAUCCUGGCAAACCUGGAAACCCAGGACUAAAUGGCAAUUCUGGAUUUCCCGGAAAAAAAGGAUAUAAAGGUUCUGUAGGCCCCCCUGGACUACCUGGUGAUAAAGAUUCUUGCAAAGGUGAACCUGGACCAAGGGGAGAACCAGGACCAGAUGGGUAUCCAGGACAUCCAGGACCUAACGGCUCGCCCGGUGAGAAGGGAAAUGCAGGUUUGCCAGGGUCUGGUCGUCCUGGCGCCCCUGGUGGGCCAGGUCUCAUCGGGCCAUCAGUACCAGGUCCACAUGGGCUUCCUGGACAAAAAGGGUUAAGGGGACAAAGUGGUCUGCCUGGUGAACCAGGACAAACAGGAGACCCUGGACCAGAUGGGGUACCGGGAUAUGGACCAGAUGGAUUACCUGGAAUUUCAGGACCACCAGGCCAAAUUGGUGACCCUGGCCCGGAUGGAGCAAGAGGAUCCCCGGGGCCCCCAGGCAUGAAUGGGGAAACAGGUCCCCAAGGUAUCCCGGGCCCUACAUCGCCGCCACCAGUAGACAUCAUUUUGGGCCCCCCAGGAGACCCUGGUGACCUGGGUUACUCUGGUCUGCCUGGCCCUCGGGGAAACAAUGGAAGAAUGGGACCAGCCGGGCAGAGAGGGAGAGGAGGAGCACCAGGGGGCCCUGGAGAAAGAGGUCCCCCAGGUGAUCCAGGUAUUGAUGGAUCAACUUCAGAGGGAAGACCAGGACCUGCUGGAGCCCUAGGAGAUCCAGGUGUCAGAGGGCAUACCGGUCCAAAAGGAUUAAAAGGAGAUCAUGGAAUCCAUGGAGCACCUGGUCCUGAUGGUGCACCGGGUCGAACUGGUCCCAAAGGAAUAACUGGAGAGCCAAACUACCAUGGAUAUGGAAGGCCUGGACCCAUUGGACAAAAGGGUGAACCAGGGCUGACUAAUACAAAUGCGAUGAAGGGUCAGAAAGGUGAACCAGGUUUUUUUGGACCAUCAGGAAUACCAGGAAACCGAGGAGCUAAAGGAAACCCAGGACCUGUGGGACAAAAUGGUCCACCAGGCUACCAGGGACCUAAAGGUUCAGACGGGCCUCCAGGAUGCAAAGGACGCCCAGGACCUAAUGUACCAGGUAAUCCAGGUGUGCCGGGUGUUGUCAGUUAUGCAGGUCCAAAAGGCAACCAGGGCCGGGAUGGGAUCCCUGGACCACCAGGGCAAAAAGGAGAGAUGAUUUUAACAGAAGGGACACCUGGCAGACGUGGACAUCCAGGUCAACCAGGUCCCUCUGGGAACACUGGUCCUCCUGGUUUAUCUGUUACAUCUCCAGUUGGGCCCAUAGGAGACCAAGGAUCCCCAGGUCCACCUGGGGCCCCUGGUUCGAGGGGACUACCAGGAAAAGAGGGCCCUUGUGUUCCUGGGUCAAAAGGAGACCGUGGCUUUCCUGGGACAGCUGGUGGCCCAGGUUUUCAGGGUCCACCUGGUCCUCCAGGGCCUACAGUGCCUGGGUUCAAAGGAGAAAUAGGGAACUCAGGUCCUACAGGAAGCCCAGGCUAUAGUGGACCACCAGGAGAUCCAGGCCCUCAAGGACCUUCUGGUGAAAGAGGCAGACCUGGAGUCCUGGGACCAAGAGGUGAUUCCGGUCCUCCAGGAAUCCAAGGCCCUCCUGGUGAAAGAGGAGACCCUGGAUACACCCAAGGCCCACCUGGCCCACCUGGGGUGAAAGGUUUUCCUGGACGACCUGGCUUAAAGGGCAGACAAGUUAUUGGCAAGGUGAUACAAGAACAAGGAGAUCCUGGCUUUCCUGGACCCCCUGGGAAUAAAGGGGCCCAAGGGAGCCCUGGACCUCCAGGACCAGUAGGCCAACCAGGUCAGCCAGGCGUCAAAGGACAGCGUGGCCCCAGCCCAGCAGGCCAGCCAGGAUUUAUUGGCUACAAAGGCGACAAAGGAAGAGGAGGACUGUCAGGUUUGGAAGGACCUCCUGGAAAUCCAGGCAGCAAGGGUCCUCCAGGGUUGCCAGGCAGAGCUACUUCAGGUUAUGCUGACAGUUUCCUGUUCGCUCGACACAGUCAGAGUAUGUUGGUACCUGAAUGCCCUCAUGGCAGCAGCCUUAUCUAUUCUGGUUACUCCUUCCUCUUCAUCAAUGGCAAUGAGAGAGCUCACGGCCAGGACCUUGGCACCUCUGGAAGUUGUCUCCCUCGUUUCUCCACCAUGCCCUUCAUGUUCUGUGACACUGAAACUAACUGCCGCUAUGCUUCUCGUAACGACUACUCCUAUUGGUUGUCCACCAGCGAGCCUAUGCCGGCCAACAUGGUUUCCAUCACAGGAGACAGGCUGGCAUCCUACAUCAGCAGGUGCUCAGUGUGUGAAAUCACCUCCAAUGUCAUAUCCGUGCACAGCCAAACAACUCUGGUACCUGUAUGUCCCAGCGGCUGGGAUUCCCUGUGGACUGGAUACUCAUUUGUCAUGCAAACGGGUGCUGGAGCAGAGGGCUCCUCCCAGCCCCUGGUGUCUCCCGGCUCAUGUCUGGAAAGUUUCCGCCAAGUGCCCUUCAUCGAGUGUCACGGCAGGGGGACGUGUAACUAUUACCCUGACUCCUAUAGCUACUGGCUGUCCUCCCUAGACCCCAACAAUAUGUUCAGUAAACCUGUUCCUCGGACAGUAAAGGGACCCUCUCUACAAAGCGUCAUCAGUAGAUGCCGUGUCUGCAGGAAACUAUGGCAAAAUAGUCGAGACAACCCUCGUGGGGACAACUUUUAACUUCAAACAUUUUCUUUUUUUUGAUGUGAUUUAAUUAUGAGUAUACUGUAUAUAUAAAAUGUGAGAUCAAACAAUCUGUUUCAUGUUCAUAUCAAUUGUUAAAUGGCUCUUUUGGAGUUUGACAUUCUUUGUUUCUUGUCUUGCUCUAAAUAAAACUGACAUCAGCACAUUUCUUCCAAAUUGCCAAUCAUCUUUAAUGCCUUUUAUUUUAUUAGAGCUGAUGAUAAUGUGAACUGUAAUUAAUUUGAAAUUUAGUGAACCAUUAUAUCUGUAUGCGAGGCUGUACAAUAAGACCAGAGUAACAGCCCUCAGUAACAGCUAGUAAGCUUCUAGUAGGAUUUGUAGUAACAAUGGCAACACACUGCAAAGCAUAACAUAAAGCUUCAUUAGAGAUAUUUUGCUAUUUUGUAAUUUUUCAUUGUAUAUGGUUUUAAUGUUGCAAUAAUCAGUGACUAAUGAAAACUAGAUUUGGACCAUGUAUACAUUAAGACCUGCUCUUCACUCUGUAUAACACCCUCUUAUUAUGUUGCCAUUUUCACAUGACUAAUGGUGUCUUGGAUAAAAAUGUGACUCAAUAGUCCUGAUUUGUGCAGCCAUCAACUAGGAGAAGAUAAUGAACCCAUCAAUUUAGUGCUGCUGUCACUGAUGUGUGUUUGCUUGUUUGUUCCAAGUGAACUCACAGGACUGAUGCAGACUCGGAAAUGGAUGCUGUAAAAAAUAUGAGGUCACAACAAAUGGCACGCAUGCUCAUAAAAUGUUGGUUGAACACAUUUUAAGGUAGCGAGUCAGAAUUGUUUGUUUUGCUGUGUUUUGAGUAAUUUGUGCCUUCACUCUAAAAUCAUCUCUUUGAACUCCAGCAUGUUAAAUGGAGCAUGGGAAUAUUUGCAUUUUAUGACUCAUACUGCCUUAAACUUUUUCCACUAAAUUCCAAAUGAACUGAAGGGAGACAAAUCUUUGGCUGUCUCUGUGGCUCAGGGGCUUAAAAAUGAAUAUUUAGAUCUUUGAAUAUUUUUGUGAAAUGUUUGUUUUUAUGUAAAAUUCCUCUGUAAUUGGUUGGUUUAUUUGGAGAGUAAUAUUUAAAUUAAAAUGAAGUAAAAUAAUGCUAAUUUCUACAAAAUUCAAUGUAUUCCAAAUGACCACAGAUCUGUAAGAAGCUUUUAUCAAAAGUAAAAUUAUUGUUUCUCCAUCUUA